GACGUCACGUCCGCUCAAUCUGAUGCUGAUUCUUACCGGUGCCCUGCUAUUCUGCGGGAGAAGAUGAGCGGCGGGCACUGCGCAAGCGUAGAUCGCUUUCAGUAUUUGCAGUCUUUGGUCACAGAGUUCCAGGACACUGAUAGUACAGAUCCAAAAGAACAGGUCCUGGCAAAUCUUGCCAACUUUUCCUAUGACCCUAAGAACAUUCUGUAUCUUCGACAGUUGCAGAUUCCAGAUUUGUUUUUGGAUAUGUUGACUGAAGAUAAUGAAACUUUGGUGGAGUUUGGAAUAGGAGGUCUUUGCAAUUUAUGUCUGGAUAAAGUCACCAAGAGUCACAUAUUGGCUGCAGGAGGUCUGAGUCUUGUGAUAAACUGUCUAUCCAGCCCACGAGAAGAGACUGUUCUCUCUGCUAUAACAACACUCAUGUACCUGAGUACAGGCUCUUCCUGUGCAGAAAUUACCACACCGCCGGUUGUGGAGUGUAUGCUCAGAUUCUCACUUUCCAACAAUCGUAGACUUAGCAACCUAGCUAAUGUUUUUCUGGAGGAUUAUUGCUCAGAAAAACAAAGAGAGGAAGCAAGGACUCUAAACCAACCCACUGCACUAGGAAUACCUCUCCCCAGAGACUGAUCUUGGCAAUGAUUUCCCAUGUGACACUUAUGCAAGUUAUGUUCUAAAGACCAUAAAUAGUUACCAUACAUGCAAUAGUUCUGCAUUGGCAUCUGCAACAUACUGGUAAAUACAGUAUAAUUAAAAUAUCUAGAAGGAUGCAAACUACAACAAGCCUCAGAAUUAAAGUUCAUAAUUUACUGCAAUAAUGUAUACAGUGUUGUCUUUCUUAAUAUUUUCAACAGAAUCACUGCAGAAUAUACUGGAAGAGUGCUCUUUUUGCUACACAAAUAAAUAAAGGCCUUUGGAUAGCUAAAACCAGACUUUGGGUAUCAUACACUUCAAUACCCCUCAACAGUUUGGGAAAGUCAGUAUGGUUUCUUGUGCCAUGACAGAUUUACUAUAGAAAAUGGCAGUAACUAUGCCAAAAAUCUACUCUAUUGUGAAUGCACGAAAAAAGAGACCGCACGCCGGCGCCUUGUGUAUUACCCAAAGACAAAAGUAGAAAUAAAAGCCACAGAGAUUGACGUCUCUGAUAGAUGGCCACUUACCACAAGUGAGUGAUAAGAGCGCCUUUUACCCCAAUUCCGUACUGAAUGCUUGGAGAAGCUGCUGAACCUGGUGAGUAACAGAAUGACGGAGGCAGACUGUCCUGUAGAAAAUCCAAUAUGGUGGUAAAAAAAAAAACUUGUACCUGUCACUGCUACCUCUGGUCAAGGAAAGAGGAGAAACAGCUCCAGAG